CAGUUACUGUUUUUCAAAACUUAUUCAACAAUGAAGAAAGGUUUGGUGCUUGGAGUAUACGAGGCAGAUGAUGAAAGCUUUACACUAACUCCUGCAGCAGCGAAGUACAAUGAACGAGUUCAAGGGAAACUACUAAAACAUAUUUGCUUGAAAGACUAGACUGAGCGAUGAUGCAAGAGUAAUGUCGUCUAAUGGGGAUGGUAAUUUAGGAAGUGAUAGUGGGGCAGGAAGCAGUAGAGGUAUAGGGGAAUCUAGUAGAAAUGCGAAGCGUCACACCCAUUCCAGCAAUAUUUUACUUGGAAUUGGCAGUUCGCUCGAAGACAGAAAUAAUGAUUAUCAAUGUCCAAUUUGUUUCGAAUUGAUUGAUGAAGCACAUAUCACUCGUUGUGGUCAUACCUUCUGUUAUCAUUGCAUUGUGAAAUCCUUAGAAGCUAAUAGUAGAUGUCCCAAAUGUAGUCUUGCUUUAAGUCAGCAGGAUAUCUUUCCUAAUUUUUUAUUAAACGAAUUAGUAACAAAAUAUAAAGCAAGAAUCAAGGGCCUUUCAGAAUUAGGCUCUUCAUAUGUAGGAGAUGGAAAAAAUAGAGUUGUAGGGACAGAAUUAUCUGUACUUUCACGUGAUGGUUUAAGAGAUAUAGUUGCUGUAGAAAGUGCUCAUUUAACUCUGCCUGAUGUAAAUGUAAUGUUAGAAGUAUUGACACAAAGAAAGCAUUUACUUGAAGCUGAAACAUGUGCUAUACAAAAUAAACUUCUACAUGAAUUUUUAAAACAUUUGUUACAACAGAAAGAAGAGCAAAGAAAUCAGUUACAAAAAGAGAUGGCUUUAAUUAAACGAGAUAUGGAAGAAGUUGAAAAUAUUCUAAGAGAUGUGCAAAAUAAAUGUCCACGUGUAGAAGAUCUGAAAAAAUCAAGUGAAAAUGAUACAGCACAAGUAUCUGCUAUCAGGCGGGAAAUGAUUGGUCUUAUAGAUAUAAUUGAUUCAAAUAUGGUAAAACCUAAUGAAAGAGUAAUGGGAAAUGAAACAUUUGCAAAUCCAUCUGGUAAUCAAAAACAAAUUGAAUAUGGAAGUAGUUCAACCUUGGCUAUUCGUAGAAAAAGAAUGCAUGGUCAUUUUGAUGAUUUUGUACAAUGUUAUUUUCAUUUACGUGCUAAGGAACUAUUACUUGGACAUAAAUCUCAAAGUCAAACAGAUGCAAGUCAUAGUACAAGUUCUGGCCUUGAUAUUUUUCGAGAAAAUCUGGUAAAAUUUUCCAGAUAUAAUACAUUACGACCAUUAGCUACAUUAAAUUAUUCUUCUGAUAUUUUUAACAAUUCUACAAUUGUUUCAAGUAUAGAAUUUGAUAAGGAUAAUGAAUUCUUUGCGAUAGCUGGUGUCACUAAACGUAUUAAAGUAUUUGAUUAUGGAGCUGUAAUACAUGAUACAGUUGACAUUCAUUAUCCUAGUAUAGAAAUGGUUUCUAGUUCUAAAAUUUCAUGUGUCUCAUGGAAUUCUUUUCAUAAAGGAAUGUUAGCCUCAUCAGACUAUGAAGGAACUGUAACAGUGUGGGAUGCUGCGACAGGUCAUAGAACUAAAACCUUUCAAGAGCAUGAAAAAAGAUGCUGGUCUGUAGAUUUUAAUGAUGUUGACACUAGACUUAUAGCAUCUGGAUCAGAUGAUGCAAGAGUUAAAUUAUGGUCUUUGAAUACAGAUCAUUCUGUUGCAUCAUUAGAAGCAAAAGCUAAUGUUUGUUGUGUAAAAUUUAAUCCUUGUAGUUCGUGUCACUUAGCAUUUGGAUCUGCUGAUCAUUGUGUUCAUUAUUACGAUUUACGUAAUAUGAAAGAAGCUUUGCGCAUUUUUAAGGGACAUCGUAAAGCUGUAUCUUAUGUUAAAUUUAUUAAUAAGGAAGAGAUUGUAUCAGCAAGUACUGAUUCACAGCUCAAAAUGUGGAAUAUUAAUAAUCCUCAUUGCCUAAGAUCUUUUAUUGGACAUGUUAAUGAGAAAAACUUUGUGGGACUUGCCACAGAUGGUGAUUAUGUAGCCUGUGGUUCAGAAAACAAUGCACUUUAUGUGUAUUAUAAAGGACUAACAAAACAAUUAUUCUCAUAUAAGUUUGAUGCUGUGCGUAGUAUAUUAGAAAUUCAAGAUCGAAAAGAAGAAGAUUUGAAUGAAUUUGUCUCUGCAGUUUGUUGGAGACAAAUGUCCAAUGUUGUAGUAGCUGCAAAUUCUCAAGGAAUUAUCAAAAUAUUAGAAUUUGUUUGAUUUUAAUUAGUAUAUUAAUGUGGAAGUUAUGCAAUAAGAUUAAAUAAAAAUGUUUAGAAUUUGUGCUGAUGUAUUUUCGAUAUGACCUAAUUUAUGCUCACGUAUAAACAACGAGGCAGGAAAAUUAUUCUAAAUAUUAUAACUUAGGUUGAAAGAAAGCUUCCUAUUAUAAAGAUUUUUAUUAUUAAAGGCUACCUAGUUCAGAAAGGUAUGUCUUAAAUAUUGACAGCACAAAUACUUUUUUCUAUUUUAUGAUCAAAUUGAAAAUAUGGGUAAUGUUACUUACAAUAUUUACAUCUGGAUAUAGUACCCUUAGAUAUAAUUGAAAAUAUAGACUGAAUGUUAAUCAUAAAUGGUUGCUAGGAAUGUGGUAAUAAUGUGUUUUGUUGUGGACUAAGUUAUAACUUUUAAAUAUCUUUCUUAUUUACAUUAAAUUGUUAAUGUAACUUACACAUUUAAUUUAAAAAAAACUUUUCUUGGCAAUUGUUAUGGAAUCAGCAUUGAUUUAAGUAUUUCUGUAUCUCUAACAAAAGUAUUAUAAAUUUUCUGUGACUGAGAAUCAUGAUUACAAAUAUAACUUAGAGACAUAAUGCCCAUGUGGCAUAUAUACAGAGUGAGUACCUAGAAAAUUAAGUUUAUCAAAUGAUUCUAUUUAAAAUCUUAAUGUGUAGUUCAUAAAAAGAGUAAUUGAUACAUUUGAUGUCAAUAUACAAUAUGCAUAGUACAUAAAUAUAUACUAUUAAUAUCAAUUAUCUAAUAUACUAAAGUAGCCUAAUUGAAUUAAUAAACUAAAUACCUAGAAUAUAUAAAUUUUUAUGAGCAAAUAAAUAUAAAAGUAUAAAAAUAUAAUUUGUGCCAAAUUUUAUCAUAAGACAAAGAAAAAUGAUUUGCACAAAUUCUUUGUGGUAGAUUUAACUUUUAAGGAAUAUCAUUUUUAGUAUAUUUUAAUAAAAAUAAUUAGGCUAUAUUAAGUUCCUACUUAAUUCUGGAUUAUCAUAUACAUUGUUUAAAAUAAAUGUGAGAUUAGUCUUACUUUGCAAGAAAUUAUAUAUUAUGAAAAAUUAACAUUUUUCUUAGAUUCAUUUUUAAAAUAUUACAAAUGAAAUCUCCUGAUAGAAUCAUUAUAUGUAUUACUAGAUGUACAUAAAAACAUAUAUAUAAGCUACAUAUAUGAAUAUUUACUGUGAAGUAUAAUCUGUCAUUAAAUCAUAUUGUCUAUCAUUAAGAACAGGUUCUUAAAUAGGUCUAAAAUGAAGGUGGUAUACAAAAAGCAUAAACAACCAAUUGUGAUGUCUAGUUUCAAUGUUUUUAUUUUAAUGCAGAUUAAUAUACUUUAUUGUAGAUGAAAAAAUGAUAUGGUUGUAAAUCAAUAUAUAGUUUAAUUUUGAAGGCGUAAUUAUAAAUGUGGUUAUAUGUAGAAUAAUGAUAAAAACUUAUAUUCUAAGGUAUAUAAUGUAAAAAAUAGUAUAUUUUUAGAAUGUAUUUUAAAAUUGCAAAUAAUAUAGCAUAUGACUCAUGUCGAAGAUGCCUAGAUUUUAUUGUAAUUAAUAAAGAUAUAAAUUUGUGUGUGUGUCUCAA